AUGACAGAGGAGGUGAUUGUUGUAGCCAAGUGGGACUACACGGCCCAGCAGGACCAGGAACUUGACAUCCGUAAAAAUGAGCGUCUCUUCCUGCUGGACGACUCAAAGACGUGGUGGCGCGUUCGCAACACCGCCAACCAGACAGGGUAUGUGCCGUCGAACUACGUGGAGCGCAAGAACAGCCUGAAGAAAGGCUCGCUGGUGAAGAACAUCAAAGACACACUGGGUAAGAAGGAUUUUAGUUCCACUCUGAAUUACAGUAUAAAGGUCAAUACUGUGUGUUGAGAUUAUUCUCGGCAAAAAUGGAAAAUCUCUGCACUUCCUUUUCAACUCCUCCUGCUCUUUCAGACGGGUAAGUUGUGGUCAUAAAGAGCGGUCAGUGUGUGUGCGUGUCUGUUAGCCUCAGCCAGUUGUCUCAGAAGUGAAAUGAUUGGCUCACCGUGUCUCCGGCCAGGCUGGGAGCUGUCACUGAGCGCUCCAGGGAUCAUGUUGAGUUGGCUGUAGCCCUCAGCCGUCAGCAGACUGUCUCUAGAUCCCCGGUCAUGACUGGAAUACAGAAGACUGUGAAUGUAGACAUGACUGCAGACCCACGAGUGGGGCUGUGUGUGUGUGUGUGUGUGUGUGUGUGUGUGUGUGUGUGUAUACUGCAGAUUUCGCCGAGACACGAUAACCUGAGGGUUUAUUUACCAAUCAGUCUCUGUCAUGGCAGGAAUAAAAUGACAUUUAAUAAGACAGUGGAAGUAUAGCAGGAUAUGUUCUAUGUUUUCUGAAAUGCAGGAAACAAUACCCGGUGUAACAAACUAAUAAGAAAGAAAACAUAGUAAGAUAUCCACAGAGGAGAAACUCAGCUGGCGUAUGCAUGUUUCUUUUGGACUCAAACUGUGUUUAAUCAAGUUAACUCGUGCAUAAAGUCAGAUCUGUUAGUGGAUGACUCACACGGCUCCUCCAUGAUCCAGUGAGCGUGUCUUUAACCUUUUCCCUACAGAAUAAAAGGCACCAGUUACGGAUGUGCGCUUAGCGAAAAAGGUUUUGAUAUUUAAAUCCAGUGAGAAAAUAAAAGGAAUAAAGAUUCUUUUGUACAGCGCAGAAAUAACUGAACACAGCUUGGCAAAGAAAUACACCUUUCUUAAACUUUUAUCGCCAUUUAGCUCUUUUUAUUUAUUUAUUUAGACAGGACAGUACCAGUUCAUGGACAAGGAGAAGAAGACAUGAUACAAGAAGUCUAUUCUCAUUGUAAACCAGCCGGAGUUAGCUAAGGCUAAUUUUCAUCUGUUGUCCUCAAACAGAAAAGCAACAAAAAAAAUAAUAAUAAAAAAAAACAAAAAACAAAAAAACAAAAUAAAAAACAGGAGGAAAAAAAACACAAACAAACAAAAAAAAAAAAAAAAAGGAGAGGAAACGAAAUGGGAUGCAAGGAGCAACAUGUGGCAGAGUUUCUAACAAUACAGAACGAUAAGCAGGUUUAUAAGUCACAGGAAUAGUAGCAGUGUGUCCCUGAAAGCAGCAGUAUUCCAGAGCUGGUCCACUGAUAUGAAGAGAAUCUGGUCUAUAGCACUCGUGUCUCUCGGCUCUGUGGGUAUCAGCCCUCAGGGGGAAACUCUGCAGCUUUAUGUGGGCCAGCGUGGCACAGCCUGCCACUGUCACCCUCACUACCACUCAUUGUACGCACAGACAGCACACAGCUCCCCCCUUCACACCCCCCCAUCUCCAAUAUUAUGCCCCUCAGCCCCCUUUUUUCUGUCACUGCGUGUCUCUGCUCAUCUAUGAUCAGCGGAUUGAUUAGUGGAGAAAUGAGCAGCCUAAUGGUUGUCCUGGAAUGACGGAUUAGAUCGCGGUCUGCUACAUUAUGGCCUAGUUCCAUUUUAGCGGGAGUAGUGUGCUUUCCAGUCUGCAGCUCUUCAGUGUUAAAAGCCCGAGCAAAUUCAAUAGGCGAGAACAUUUUCAAGAUGAGGUGAUGAGCGAUAGGUGAGGUCAGAGGCUAAUGGAAACGUACUUACACACUUGAAUGGAGAACCUGAUUGGCUGAGGGUGUGAUUACCUCAUCCUGUCUGUAGUCUCUGGGUCUUUUACUCCCUCUUCCGGGUCUUCAGUGAGUCUACAAAGUGAUUAUAGAGCUCGCAGAUAGUCAGCGAUUACUGUUAUCUCCAGCUUUUCCUCCUCAUUUGCUUCGCCUGGAUGUGGUUGUGUCAUCGACAUCCAUCCAGGCAGAAUUGAAUUGUAAAUGGCUGCACGCUGCUUUGUGCCCCAGUUUCCUCUCACAGGAAAUAAAAACAUUGAAAUGGAUGAAAAAGGAUGCAGAGAAGGUCCUUCUCGUCGCUGAAACUGGGCCAGAAAACAGAGAGAAGUUUGAUUUCCAUCCACCUGAGUUUUUAUUAUUUAUUUUUCCACGAGAGCUCUACAGCCAUGAGUGUGUGGGAGAGUAUGAGGCACUUAAUAGCAGCAUGUCCUGUCCCUAUGUCAAAAAAACAACCCCCACACCUGCAGUCACCUCUAUCCAGGAAUUUCCAUUUAAAUCAGUCAUUUUAAGUGUCAUGUAGCUCCGUUUUUUUAGCAGUCAUGCAGCUUUGCAGAGAAGAGUCUGUAGCUUCUACAGCCUGGUUCAGCCCAUAGGAGAUUAAAUUUCUGUAAUGCCUUCAAAAUCCUGUCUGUAGAUGUUUUUUACUCGGCUUGGCAGGUAACAGGGGUGAAGAUUUCAUUAUUUUCCCCUCAUGAAAUAUGAUUGGUAUUUGGGGUUAAGCUAUAGGGAUUUGUUGGGUCGUCUGGUGUUGUAGUGGUCCAGGGCAAAUAUAGAAAAUACUGACUCCAAUUCUCAGUUCACUGUGUGACCUUUUCCUCUUUGGACUCCAUCGGUAGAUUAGAUUUGUCAAGGAACAAGAAUUUAAAAUCUCAAUGAUACUGAUACUGUUAUCCCUCUGAUUAUCAAUGAUCCAAGAAAAGUCUAUCAUGUGUGUAUCUGCAGAGGGUGUGCUCUCUCUCCCUCUCUCUCUCUCUCUCUCUCUCUCUCUCUCUCUCUCUCACCUUCACUUUCAGACUAUCAGAACUCAGCACAUAUCUCAAGUUUGUGCUGUGUUGACAUGUUUCCAAGUCCUUUAAAGUGUGACAGCUGUAAAACAUUCAGGAAAUAACUCCUUAUUUCUCUGUCUGUUUGCUUUCCACAACUCUUUUUUUCUCUCUCUCUUUGCCUGCAGUGACGUUUGGUGAAAAAGACGAGUGUAGGUCUCUUUUCUUUUUCAGAAGUUUCUGUUCAGAUACUCUCGAAAGUAGAACUAAAGUUUUUAGAGCCGGGGGCUGAGAAGUAUCACAGAAAUGUUGAGAACCAUCUGCUGAGCUUGCUGAUGUUUCCGUCUGUCCAGCACUUGAGGACAGUCUGACAUAAUCCAGCAGCUACAAGGCAGGAUGAAUGGAUUCUUCUGCAUUGCUGCGGAAAGCAACUUUAAGGAGGAAACAAAGAAACAAUAAAAUGUUCAACAUUUUCCCAAAGAGAGAUUGAUGAUUCUGCUGCUAGUACAGACUGCCUUUAUGUGUCCUAAAAGCCUGUGUACAAUCACCUGACCAGCCUGAUGCGAUAACCUUCAACCUAAAUAGCUUUAACUCUGUAUAAAUGUAUAAAUGCUGUUGCUUAUUCAGCCAGAAGAAGUUAAUACUGGUCGUUUAAUGAUGUUGCCUGAUGUGUAUUUCUGCCCUGAAUCUAGGCCAUGGCAACAUACUUUGGUCAAAUACUUGGUCUUGGGGGUGUAAUUUUGAAGCGGCACAGAAAAAAAACAGCACACCAGCAGAAAUGCCCACAAUGCUGUGGGCUACUGUAGGCCACAAGUAUGAAUCAGGCCGUAACCCCCUCUGCUAAUAUUUCCAUCUCUGAGAGGUAUCAGCUCUUCUGGUUGUUUCACUGUGAACCAUUUCUGCCUCCAUGAAUCAAACCUUCAUUCCCCUGGUGUGUAAGACCUGUUGGCAUUUUGAUAAAGUGCAACUUAGGCUCAUCUGGAACCAGUCUAAAUAGUCUUUAGACUGCUAUUUUUAUUGUAAUGCAAGCAUUUUCAUGUUUAAAGACCCACUUUGAUGAAAAUCAUGUUUUUCUUGUUGUCUACAUGUUCAUAUGGCAUUUUUCUGAUGCAAGAGGACAUAUCAUAAGAAAAAGAAGUGCAGAAUUGCAUUUCUGAGUAUUUCUUCAUUUAGAUCACUGUGAAUCUCUGGCAGACCCAGACAGCAGGUUCAGAUACAGUGAGAUGUCAUACGUAACCAAUCCAAGCUCCACCCCUAGAGCCCCGCUAUCCAGGCAAGACUCGGAGAAAUAAAGAGAACAACCGCGGAACAAGCGUCUCCGUUAGUGGAUUGAAAUGCUCGUAAGAAAGCUAAAUAUGAUAUUAACUUUCAUCAUGUCUCUAAAGACAUGUCCGGGAGCUGAAUAGCUCUUAUAUUACCUGUUUCUUCUACUUCACUGGCAAUGUUAGGCUGCAAGCUAACAUGAGGAGAAGUGUGCAGAGCAUCGCUGUCUCUGCCCAGAGGCGAAUUGCUAAUGAUCUGCUGGAGCUCUGCAGAAAAAACGUCCUUGAAAACGACACAGGAAAUGUGAUUUUGGCCAAAAACUUCAUAAUCACAGUUUAAAGACGACUGAUAACACUUUAAGUAGUAAAAAAAAAAACAAUCCGAUAGGGACUUAAUUGUUUUGCUAUUUGAUGAAAACUAUGUGGCAUCAAAGGGCCACCAGCUCAGAUUCAUUCACUUUAAAAUCACAGCUCUAUCUCUCUCUCUCUCUCUCUCUCUCACAGACACACUGCGAAUGCUCCGUUAAAGGGCCAGGUUGUGCUUUUUUUUCCCCCCAAUGAAUUCCCCCACACACAUAUCUAAUAACUGUAUAGUGUGGACUCAUUUAGUACAGUGCUACCCUCUGAAAGCCGUACAGUGAAGCAAUAUGCUGCAACAUGCCGACAUCGAGGCUUUCAUCAACUUCACUUCCCUCUGAGUACCAGUCCUCUGGGCUCAGAAAUCUCCUCUCCUUCCUCAUGAUGAAGAGGUAGGUGAAGGUUGGGAGUGAAUGUGUGGGAGGAGGGAAUAUAGCCGGCUGCUGCUGUAACCAGCAGGCCAAUGCCUUGAAGUGGAAAUGAGUGAAGAAGAAAGGUGCGUGUGUGUGUGUGUGUGAGUGAGUUGCGGUGUUUUGCUUAACUUAAGGGAGUGUGUCUCACUGUUAUCGACAGGCCUACUCCAGGUGAUCCCUCAGGAAAGAUAAAAUAGACAAAGAGUCAAGCCUCGUCUUUGUCUUUAAGUCAACAAAGCUCCCUGUCACUCACAUAUACACACAGAGCUAUCAGAUAUGUACAAUACGCGCUGCUAUCCAUAAACAUGAUCUGCUUGUUAUUCCUGUCUCAUCCUUCUUCUUUGCGUUUUUGUCAGCUGUGGCCUCUGAUAUGCUCGGUCUACUGCGCGUGUGAGAAACAGCUGCCAAGGGACCCCUCGUCGUCUUUUUUUCACAGCUUCUCCUCCUUCUCCAUCUCCUCUUCCUCUCCUCUCUGCCAACAAGUUUCAUGCUACUCUGCGUGAACCCAGCAAUUUCCCAAACAAUGUAAAUGUUCUAUUCAGCGGUGACAUUUCUGUGGCAUUUCAGCAGGCUCGGAGGAGGGGGGAAAAGUGUGUGAUUAGCUGUCAAGAAACUCACUUCAGUCAUUAACAGCACACAUGAGAUAGGCCCACAUCAAGCACAACUGUCAAGUAAACGUUUUUAAAUGUUUUCCACUGUGAAGGAGAUCAUGAUUAUUUUAACAGGAGUUGGAAGAGGAGACCUGUUUGGCUGUGUUGGAGCUGAGAGACUUCACAAAGUUAGUUUUGAGUGUGCUGCAAACAUGCGUUCAAAGACGUCUUUGAAAGUACACGAAUAAAAAAAGUCAGGGACAGGUGAGACAGGAGCUGACUUUGUUCCUGGAUGUGCCCGUCAUUAUCCAGCCCACGGAGCCUGCUCUACUUUUCAUUCCCUGUCUACACCAACUAUUUUCAGCCUUUUGAUGAGUAUAGUCGUGUUGAUGCUGAGCGGAUAGUGUCGACAGCAUAUCAAGUAAAAGAUUCUUUCAUUGGCGUUGAGUAAAAAGAGGUGGUGUUCAGUGCAGGUGGAUGUGAACACCUCUUUGUUGUUUCUAUUUCCAGGAGUAUUGAUCGGUGCUACACCACAGAGGUUUCUAAGAGCAAAUCCUCUAUCCUUUGUUUUUCCAAAGUAGUUUUUGUGCUUCUGAGGGCCCACGAGUGCAAUUAUUAGUUUCCUGCUGACCUAACCUUCCUCCUCUCCCUGAGGAGUACAGGCCACUUCCUGCUUUCUAAAAACUGCCUUCAAUCCCUGCUGCUUCUCACCACUGCUCCAUCAUCACUGAUAUUCAACAGAUUUAGGCUCAAACUGUUUAAAUGUAAAUCUGUUGAAACAGUUCAGUCAUGACAGAAUUCAAAAUCACUAUCAUUUUUGAAAUCAUAAUAAUUAAACCUGGUUACUCGUGAUUUGACAUCUUCUUCAGACGCAUCAUAAACACUCUGAACACUUUGAAAAUGAACUUAAAUAAGCGAAAAUAAAAACAUUUCAUCUUUUUUGUCGACCAAAUUCUGCUUCAGUCUCUAACUAGAGUAAUUUCAGUGCUUUUAAGUAAAACCUGAUUACUGUGAUUAAACAUAAAACAAAAGAACUGAGGCGACAUCUUUUCCAGGUGAUUGUUUUGAGCCGACAGUCUGCUUACUGACUCUUUUGGUUAAAAUUCAGUUUAUCUUUGUAUCAGUUUUGCUUGCAGACACAGCAGACAUCUGUUUCCAGUGGAAAAAAGCUCUGAUAUAGCAGCUGUGCACUUCCUGCCCACACUAAACAGACGGCAGAGUUAACAUUUAGCUGAUGAACAUGUCAGAGCGUUUUGAAAAGGCAGAGACAAGAUAAGAAGAGGGUAGAGAUCUGAGUGAGAUUCAGUGUUGGUUUGAUGUGUGUAGAAUUAAUAUCUUUGUCUUCGGCUCAGGCAGAGGGUGAUGUUAGGUUUACAGAUGCAGCACAAAAUAAAAAAAUAGAUUUAUUCUUUAAGAUUUUACCUAUCAGACCUUUUUUGUUCAUGUCAGCUGCACCAGAUGGUUGUCCUCUGAUUAGUCUGCUCCUGUAGUUUGUUUUGAUCUUUGCCUUUUGAAUGAGCGGUAACCUUUCCUCUGCUGCCGUGUCAUGUGAUCAUCUCUCAGCUGUAUUUUGGCUCUAAAUGAAAGAAACUCAAACGGGAAAAAUAAGGUUCUAAAUUAAGAUUUCUAAGUGUGUCACCACUGUCCUAUAUUUCUUUUUUACACUGCAGGUUUGGGGAAAACCAAGAGGAAGACAAGCGCCCGCGAUGCUUCCCCGACGCCGAGUUCUGACACAGAGUACCCUUCCAAUGGCUGUGGUGGAGGUGGAGGAGGGGGAGCUGCUGAGAGAAUCUAUGACCUCAACAUCCCCGCCGUGGUCAAGUUCGCCUACACACCGGAGAGAGAUGACGAGCUGACCCUGGUCAAGGGCUCGAAGGUCACCGUGAUGGAGAAAUGUAGUGACGGAUGGUGGCGGGGCAGCCAGGCAGGUCGCGUAGGCUGGUUCCCCUCCAACUAUGUGCAAGAAGAUCUUGGAGGAGCAGAUGAAAGAGGGGACGGGGAUUCCUCCCUGGGCUACUCGGGAGGCUCUCCAGGGACUUUACUGGCCAAUGGGCGUGCAGGUGGAGGAGUGCUCCACUUGGUGCAAACUCUCUACCCCUUCAGCUCUGUGACGGAGGAGGAGCUGAACUUUGAGAAGGGCGAGGUGAUGGAAGUGGUGGAGAAACCCGAGAAUGACCCUGAGUGGUGGAGAUGUAAGAACUCACGCGGCAUGGUAGGCCUGGUACCUAAAAACUAUGUGAUGGUGCUGGACGAGCGGCCCAGCCUCCCCUCCUCCACAUCGAGCUCCCCGCAGAACCGUUUCGUGGCUCCGGCCCGCUCAGGGAAGUUCGCCGGGAGGGACUGGUAUUACGGCAACAUCACCAGACUCCAGGCUGAGAGUAUCCUCAACGAGAGGGGAGAGGAGGGCGACUUCCUCAUUCGAGACAGCGAGUCAUCGGUGAGUCUGUGUGGUGAGAUCAUGGCAGAGGUGUUCUGGGAAAGAAAAAAUAAGGUCCAGAGUGUUUGGUAGUUCAGACAAAGUGUGAUGAGCGAGCUUUUCAGAGAGGGGGAAAAAAAAACUCUCCUCUGGCAAACAGUAAAGUCUGUAUUCAGCUGACUAUUUCAUGGUGAAUUACCAGUCAUAGGCACUGCAUAUUAAAAACCAGCCCUGUGAUAGCACUUUUAUUGCUGCACAAACAGCCUCAUUUAGGAUGUUGCUCUGAGGAGGCUUAACAUAACUGAGGAAGAAGAAGAGGAGUUAAAGGCCCGUGAGCAGAAUAAAGCUGCAAAGUCAACAACACUUAUAAGGCUGCAGGACUUGUUUUUGCCCUCAUGAGAACCACAAAAAUGUUGUUUGUUGAUGGUUUGAAUAUGACUCUUUUAUCAAGUCUCUUGUUCUAACAUACGACCAGGUGUCAGAAUCAACUUUCAAAGCUGCUUCAAGUUUAUUCAAGUAUCUACAACAUAUGCUCCUAACAAGAGGAGACACUGAGACAUUAGACACUAAACAUACUUUCACAUUCAUCACUCUAAUGCAGACCUGGGCAUUUUGCGGCCCGGGGGCCACAUCUGGCCCUUUGGAUAUCCCUGCCCGCCCCUUCGUGAGGCCCGUCAAUCAAAUCAUCAACAUGCUAUAUGAGUGUGUUGCUUUUAUUUUGAAAACCCAGCCGCUGUUUUAUUUCCGUUUGGACGCAUGUGCGUACAUCCUAGAUCUGCAUUCGUGAACAGAGACAAGUUUAAACAUUGGCAAAAUAUUUGUAGAGGCCUCAUAGUUGCCAAGUCCGCUUAUUAUAAAAGACUUGAGGCUUGUUUCUCUCAGAAGUCGCUUGUAAAACUUGUGAGUUGUGGGUGCGUAGUUGCUUAUUUGGGCUUGCUUUUCUGUAUGUGUGAACCCCCCUGAUUUGAAGUUGAAGUUAUUGUAAUUCAGGUUUCUCAUGUGGCCCCAUAUAAAACUUAAUUGCCCACCCCUGCUCUAAUGAAAAGUUCAAUGUUUCCAGAGCAUGACAGUUCUGAGUCAAUUUAAGACCUCCAUCCUUCUUAAACUAGUAUUGUAUGUUAAAAUACAUAAGAUGUGAUGAUAUUAAAGCUCCUGUAAGGAGUUUUUUUAUGUUUAUAAAAUAGGAUGAAAUUCAUAUCAAACAACACAAUUGGCAACAAGAUUUAGGAUUUUUGUAUUAUAAUAUUUAUUGCCUCAAACUGUAGUGAGGGGGUAGGUGUCAGCUGAGCAGCAGAAAAAAUGGUCCCAAUUUUCCAAUCUCCACAUUAAAUAUUCACAAAAAGUUAUUAACCAUCAAAAGCCAGCUGAAGGAGAACUUUGUCAGAUGACAAUGAUUAAGUAUGACUGUUUCGUCCACAGGAGGCGCCAAAAGUGACUUAAACUGAAAGUUCCACAUAGGAGCUUUAAAGACUGUUAACAGACACUGUAUGAGACAAAUAAGCAGCUACUGUAGAAGCUGAUGCAGACUAAAAUUAAAGUUAAAGUUUAGUGCUACCAUAGUAUAACAGUGCUGAUGCUGAAGUAACGUACAAAAUGGGAAACUGUUGGGUGCUGGUUUGACUCAGUUGGUAGAGCACCCCUCCCAUGAAUGGCAGCCACAGUCAAUUCAUGUCUUCCCCCUCCUCUCUCCUCAAGUUUCUUGUCUCUCUCUAUCUAAAGGUGCUCACCUCUGUAUGCUGAGUGUAGUAGUCACUUAUGUGAAGACGACUGUGCAAUUUCCCUCUGAAAAGCUUUGUUUACAUUUAUUAAUAUUUAGAAAUAGUACCGCCACCUGUUGAUCCCUGGAAAAAUGGAGAGUGUGACAGAACUGUGGGUAUCCCUGUGCACAAAAUAAAAAAAGCAGGAACUAACCUGCACAUUACAAAACAGCAUCAGGUCUGAGGUCCACAGAGGAACUUCAGACUUUCUAAAUGUUGAAUUGUCCUGAUAGAAGAUGAACCAUGAGGCCGUCUCGAGCAGCAGUUUGACUAUCGUAGGCCCAGGGCUGUAAAUAUGAGAAAACACUGCCACCUGCUGGACUCAAGCAGUUUGUCUGUAAUUUUUUAAGUGAAGGUUUACCAGCUUGUAAAUAUUAAUAAAUGUCACUCUCUUUCUUUUUUCCAGCCCAAUGAUUUCUCCGUGUCCCUAAAGGCGGUUGGUAAGAAUAAGCACUUUAAAGUGCAGCAGAUGGAUGGAGUGUUCUGUAUCGGGCAGCGCAGGUUCAGCUCCAUGGAUGAACUAGUUGAGCACUACAAGAAAGCCCCCAUCUUCACCAGCGAACACGGAGAGAAGCUGUACCUGGUCAAAGCACUGCUGUGA